GCUCAGGAGAGGCUGGGAUCCAUCGCUCCAACAGCAGUGAAGGAACAAGGACUUGGCAGGUCAAUCCAGCGACAGACACAACCAUGGCUCCAAGCGGACCCCGCCCUGCGCUCCUGCUGACCCUCGCACUGCUGGCUGCCUGUGUGGCUCUGACCCUCGGGCAGAGGUGGAACCCGCUGAAUGACAUAUUCCGGAUAGAACACGUGGACUUUCCCAAGACCGUCGCCACCAACAACAACGCCUACUGCAACAGGAUGAUGUGGGACCGGGUGAUGUACUGGAAAUACACCAACACCUUCAUCCAUGCGACAGCCGAGAACAUCAGCAAAGUCUGCACGACAGAUGGGGUAGCCAGCGGGCCCUACCGGUACAAGAGCACGAGUCCCUUCAACAUCACCACCUGCACAUUUAACCCCUGGAGCAUCUCUUACACCGGGAUCAGCGCAGAACAAAAAAUCGUCAUCUCUUGCUGGCGUGAUCUCCCUGUUUUCUAUGUGAAGAGCAUAUAAGGCUAGCACUAGGCGCCGAGGGCAAGCAGGAGACCCCGCUUAUUCCUCCAAUCCUGCUCUGGCUCUUCCAUACCUGUCCCUGCACCCGGCUCCUCACCUACCUCUGAAUACAGGUUAAAUUGUACAGGUGUUUCCACCCUCUGCUGCCCCCUGUCAUCUCCCCGCUGCCAGAAAUAGUGUCCAUCUCAAACUCUGUCAUUUAUUUAAGAACUACCUGCCAGUUUCACCCUGCUGGUGUUGCGAAUUCAGUCUAAGAAUGGAUAAUCCUCACAUUCAUCAUGUUAAGUGUUAUUCAUCAUUGUUCGCUUCAUCAUUUUUUAACAUCUGCCCCCUGCCUGCCAUUCUUUGCCCUAAACACAAUAAAAUCUG